AUGCAGAACAAUAAGGCGGCACUGAAAAAGGUAGCAGUAGUAGCAUCUGUCGUUGCUAUUAUGGCUAAGACUGAUAUGGCUGUGGCUUCUGCAGUAACACUUAUUGUUGCUCAGUGUGUUGAAGCUGCUGAAGCAAUGGGAGCUGAAAGAGAACACCUUGCUUCUGUUGUUAGUUCUGCUGUCAAUGUGAGAUCUCAUGAUGAUAUUACUACUCUAACCGCUGCAGCUGCCACAGCUCUAAGAGGGGCAGCAACAUUGAAAUCAAGAGCAUUGAAAGAGAUGUGGAAUAUUAGCGCCUUGACGCCGCUAGAGAAAAGCAUAGGAAUUGGAAUAUGCGGUGGUAAAGCGAAUAAUAACAGUAGCUCCAGCACUGGUGAUAGUGGUGGAAAGAUUAUCAAUGCAGAUAAUUUUUUAAGUGCUUGCAUCCAAGAACUUCUUGCUUGA